AGCUCAUGUGCAAUGAAUACGCACGCAUUAUGAAAAAGGUGCCCCCUGGCCUAACGACAUUGGUCGCGCCAACUGUGCAACUGAUCAACACCGCACUGGAACCGGGCAUCACGCUACAUAACUGGAGCAGUGUAAGCUUAGAGUCAUACACCGAACAAGUCAUGAAACAACUCAACCGAUUUGAACGCAUUUUGGAUGAAGCCGCUCAAAUACUGGAAAACCGAAUAAACGGAGUACUGAAAAGCAUUGCCAGUUGUGAGAUGCUGGCGCUACCGGAUGAUCCCAGUUCACCUUUGGAAAUGAUGGAGUUGGUCCGACAAGCGAAAACACAAGCGAAGAAGGCUGCGGCGAAAAUCGACUCGCUCAGCCUCAGUGCUCUUUGUGCUGCGGCAGAGUACAUAAAUGCUUUGUUGUAUGACUUUGAUGCCUUUGUGGAGCGCUACAGCUUGGGGCCGAGAAUUGAGGAGGAGAUGCGUAUGAAAAGGACGCUCUUGGACUCUAAAAGCCCUACCAACAAAGGUGUUGCCCGCAAGCUCCCCACAUCGACAACUGAUGCAUCCAGCAAAGGGACUCCUGAAGAAUUGGCCAGCGACAUGCCUAAACGUCCAGUCAGAAAUACCAUCACUAGUAGUACGGCGCCGGUGAACCCUUCAGAAUGGCCCUCACAACCUGAAUCCUUGGGAGGUCGUGGCGCUGUUCAUCGCGCGCAGACAAUCAAAACGGCUUUACAAAUAGCCAGUGCUGCCGAUGAUGUCAUACUCUCACUGGGCCAACGGACUACAGACGCAGUGUGUCAGGCAGUAAGAGCAGCUCUGGACAAGCUUUGGAGUGUUAUGGCGACCCGAGAAGCGGCGGUCGCAUUAAAAGACGUUCCAUUUGGAAAAGCUGUGAAGUGUGGUACUGCCAGACCAUUUCCUCUUGUCCGAUGUCAUGUUCGGGUUGUUGGGCGUUCCUUGGACGUUUGGCCCAGACCGCAUGACAUUCAGUCUGCUCUCAAGGUAAUCGUAAACACUAUUGAAACCAGUACCAAGGGCAUCUUGGCCUGGGGAAGAGAAGGAAGAUGUAAAACCUCACCCAUCAAGGUACGAAGGGACAGUGACGAAGAAGACCUUCUGAAGAAGGCACCAUCCCGCCCACCCAAGAGAAGACAAAGUGCGUCGCAUUCGCCAACACUGAAUCCUGCAGAGUCUGGCCAGGUGAAACCAAGCUCGAACGCAUCACCAAAUGGGAUUGAGCUGGAAUCUGCCAGCAAUGCGUCCCAGAUCUCCGCUGGUCGAGGUAGUCUAUUGGCUUCUGGCCCACGACGCUCUGAAGUCAUGCUUCCGCGGACCACAUCGGAGGAAGAACUGGCACACCGUGGAAGCCUUGGAGCAAUGAGCGCUGGGCAGCCAAGUGUGCACUCUCUGGGUGGCACCGGUCAGCUUGCUGUGUCUGGCUCCGCUUGUGGAAGCACCGGAACUACACAAAGCUCAGCGGAACUGGAUGGCACAAAAAGGAGCGCAAAGGGGUCAAGUGCAUUUGACGUCCGAGCACGAGGAUCGUGGGCAAUAUACACCUCAUACUGGUACCCCCUUUCUGGCGUCUGA